AUGUUGGCCUCCAAGCCGCCCUAUGUCGCGAAUAUCUCAACCACAACCCAGCAGAUACCCAUACGCAACUUCUCCGACAGUUCCCAGAGAACGCAGGUUUCCUCGAUGGCCCUUCAAGAUGGUCUCUUUACAUCCCCUACCGAUUCAGAGUUCUCUGACGGCUACGAUGGUCUGGAUUCAAUUCGAGCAUGGGACGAGAAAAAGGUCGGGGAAUGGCUACACACGAUCCGUUGCGGACAGUAUGAAUCGCUUUUCAAAGCAAACAAUUUUACCGGCGAGAGUCUGCUGGAAUGUGAUCAGAAGAUCUUGUCGGAGAUGGGAAUCAAGAAAAUUGGUGACCGAGUUCGAAUCAACGUGGCAAUCAAACAAUUACGCAACAAGUCUUCGUUGCUGCGGACUAAAAAGAAUCGGGAUUCUCUUGCCAUCCUAGAUGGCUUCGCCGCUGUCGCUGCCGCCACUCCAUCAUCCUCAGACUCCCCUCGCACCCAUGCAUCCAGAUCACAGGCGGGAAGUGCAAAGCGUUUCUCUCGCCAGCUGGAUCCCUCAGCACUGCAGAACUUCAACUCCGCGGGGACGGGAUUCAAGGUCGGGUCCAGGCCAAGUUCUCCUCAAUCCGAUGUCCACAGUGCUGGAUUGAGGCCUCAUCGGUAUGCUGGGAGUCCCAUGGAUGCAGGGGGAAGAAGCAAUCCGAGCACCGGCUACUUCAGCCAGCCAGGAUCAGCCAACUCGUCCUCAGGAAGGCGACCCGAAACACCCCAGCUGGCAAGCCAGACUACCAGGGCAGCGCAUCUGCGGCAGAAUUCCAGUAUAGAUGGAUUAACUCCCGGUGGUCUGCCUACGGGAUCACCUGUCAUCAAAAUCAUCCACAAUGGUGGACAAACCAAGGUUGUGAACAUCAAAUUUUGCAGGACCGCCGACGAAGUGACUGCCACUGUCCUCAAGAAAUUGCUCCUUCCAGAAACCCACUUUCGCAAUUAUUGUUUUUACGUCCUUAACGGUGUUGAGCCCGAGCCUGCCAAUUGUCGUCGAGUCGGUGAUAGCGAGCUUAUAAGGAUCUGCAACGAAUCGACGCGAUCGGAGAGGAAUAGGCUGAUACUCCGGAAGAUAAACGAUGGUCCACCAGAUCUGGAGGAAACCCGUAAGGCUGCGCAGAUAGCGGCCGAUGAAUCACAAGUCUUGCACAACCACGCGUUGAGCAGCAACAACAUGCGCAAUCAGAUCAAACUUCAGAAGCUGACCGGCGAAUCCUGGCAUCAUAUCCAGGCGCCAAUUUCUCCAGUCACCACCACUGACAGAAACCGGAAUGUGAUAGCCACGGCUGAUGAACAGGACCGGCAAGAAGCACAACGCCUUAGGGUGCCAAGUCAGCAGAGCACGAAGCUGCGAUCAUUCUUUGGCGCUCGACCCCCAAGCGAGAUGAUUGUCCAAGAACUUACCUCAUACUUCCCUGCGCAUCAACGCGAAGAUAUUGAGAAGACAAUGAGAUUAUCGGUGCGGCGGUCGCAACGUAUGAGCCGGGCAGCGAGCCGAUUGAGUGUGAUGAGCAAUGUGAGCUACGCCUCAAGUUUGAAAGAUGCUCCGCCAGUGCCCAGUAUCCCCAGUAUUGCCGAAUCAUGGCUCUCACAAACUGGGAGCACCUCUCGGACCCCCACAGGCAGACCAUUGUCGGUGGUAUCGACCAAAUUCAAUCUUCCAAGCUCGGCCUUCCGAGAUUCUAUUGCGUCGUCGACCCUUCAGCCACUGCAGGAAGAAUCUGUGCAGGAACCGAACCGCAAGUCAUAUGUGUCUUUUGACAGUGGCUCUGAUACUGCAGCCGGCAGCGACGCCGUCCGAGGCAGUUAUUUUGACGAAAGUCCUGCAGGUACAGGCAGCGACACCAUCCACGAGCGGCUGUCCGUCAUUGUCGCCGAAGAUGGUGAGGAAGAAGACCAAGCAUUGACUUCCUUUCUCAAGGGAAACAGCUUCGACAAAAAUAACUGGAUGAAGGGCGAUCUGAUCGGCGAGGGCUCGUUUGGUAGCGUCUACUUGGCCCUCCACGCCGUGACGGGUGAGCUCAUGGCAGUCAAGCAAGUCGAGUUGCCCAAUAUCGCCAAAGGCACCGAAGGGGACAAGAAAAAGACGGCAAUGAUCGCCGCUCUGAAGCAAGAAAUCACAUUGCUGCAAGGACUUCGCCACGAGCACAUCGUGCAAUACCUAGGCACGUCGUCCGAUGAAGACCACCUCAACAUUUUCCUCGAGUACGUCCCCGGCGGGUCUAUUGCCGGGAUGCUCAAACAGUACAACACAUUCCAAGAACCGCUGGUGCGGAACUUCACCCGCCAAAUCCUGGAGGGCCUCUCGUAUCUGCACGCACGGAACAUCAUCCACCGCGACAUCAAGGGUGCCAAUAUCCUGGUUGACAACCGCGGAGCGGUCAAGAUCUCGGAUUUCGGCGUGUCCAAGAAAACCAACUUCAACGGCAUGAACGCCGCCCCGGGCACGCGCACGUCUUUGCAAGGCAGUGUCUUCUGGAUGGCGCCCGAGGUCGUGCGGCAGAGCGGCCAGUCCAUCAAAUCCGACAUCUGGUCCGUCGGGUGCCUGGUCGUGGAAAUGUUUACCGGCUCGCGCCCCUUCCCGUCCAUGACGACCCUGCAGACUCUGUUUGCUGUCGGCAGUAAUAACGAGAAGCCGUCGAUCCCGGACAUCGCCAGCGAAGAAGCCAAGAAGUUCAUGAACAAGACCUUCGAGGUGGAUCAUGAGAAGAGACCGUCGGCCGAUGAGCUUUUGAAGGAGAAGUUUCUGCUUCCGAUGGCUUAA